CAAGUGAUGUAUGGCUCCACUUCACCAUGUUCACUACCGCUACACGACGUUCCACCUAGUGAACAUCAAGCUGAUGAACCUGUUUGGAUACUCCGGCCGGAUGGCAAAGGAUCUGGAACUAGAAUCUUUAAGGUCUGCUGUUCUUGCAUCUUUGAAACCAAAAACACAACCAAAUGAAGGAACUAAGCCUGUUACUGAUGCCGAGGAUUCAACAAAAGCGGAUGAAGCGGAUGAAGAUGAAGAAGAGAGUCUUCGACUUCUCAGAUUAGCUGCUCUCAAAAGCAAAAAGGAAGAUUCAGUCAGCCAUGUUUCAACACCAGUCCCAGGAUCUCCUGCUCACCCACAGAAUCCUCCGGCCCAGGGAAACCUACUACAGCCACAACCUGCCCCUUUCCACCAGGCAGGGACAGGAGGUCGGAGCAACCUUAUUACCAUUCCUCUCCAGGAUACCACUGUUCCCCCCCAGCCUGCUCCUGGCUCCAACAGUCACCAAGCUCCUAAGACAAGUGCCAACGACAGUGGCGUCAAGGAAGAGCGUAGCACCAAGUUCAGCCGCUUCGAAAGUUCUGAUUCCGAGUCAGACGUGGACGAAGACAUUUUUGUCCAGACGGCCAGCGACUCGGAUAAAAGUGCCGUCAGUGAUUCAGAGAGCGAUAAGGAUUCCGAUUCAGAUUCUGAUUCUUGGCGGACGCGAUCGUUUAGUGAAGCCGAAAGCUCUUCCUCAGAAGCAGAAGCUGAUAAGGACAGUAAGUCUCCUGAAGUAGAAAGUGUGACAAACAAAAACCAUGAUUCAAGUGAUAUUGGUGAAAAGGAUGUAACAGCACAGAAAGAAACAAUUAAAAGUGAUCGCCCAGAAAAGAAGUCUGAGCGUGAUACAAGAAAAGACAAUGUCAGGGAUAGUAGAGACAAUGAUAGAAGUCAUCGAGACAGAAGAGAGACGAGGCAUUUAGAUUUACGGUCUCAACUUCGGAACAAAGAAAGAAGUAGGGAAAGGGAGAGAAAUCAUCAUCAGAGAGACACAAGAGACAAGAGGGAUGAUUACAGAAGCAGAGAUAGUGAAAGGGAAAAGAGGAUAGAGGAGAGACGCAGACAUUAUGAAUCAAGGAGGGGAGAUAGAAGGCCGUCUCCCGGAAAAUCACAGAGACACACGUCUGAGCGCUCCAGAAGAGAAGACAGAUUACGUAAAGACAUUGACAGGAAUGCUCUUGAGGCAAGGAGACAAAAGUUUGCUUCAGGGAGUAGUGUGAAUUUGAAAGAUAAGAAAGUUGUUCUCAAAUCGUCAGAAAAUGGUGCAAACAUUCCAGUGAACAAGAGUAGUGUAAAUGAUAAUGACGUUCAUGUACCUGAAAAGAAAUCACAAGAUGAUGCCAAAGCAGAAAAGCUUCCCACAGAGGGAAUUGAAAGCGAUAUUUCUUUGUCUAGUGUGGAAUCUGAAGCCGAAUCAGAAUCCGAAUCUAGUAGCGAUGAGGAAGAUAAGAAAGAGAGCGAGUCGGAGUCAGAAUCUGGAUCCGACGAAGAGGACACACGUUUUAAAAGAACUUCAACAAAAAGCGAUACCAAAACGUCCUCACAAGCACCAACACAAUCUCGCCUUAUCACUUCAAUGACCUUCCCCAAAGAAGGUCCCCCACCACUGCUUCCACGUAGGAGAGCCAAUGACAUUGACCGCAGUAGAGAUCGCAGGGGACUAGAUGACUUACAGAGGUCCCGUAGACCUCAAGGUUUUAGGGACGAUAGGAGAGAGCGUGAUCGGAGAGAUCGCUAUCCCAGAGAUCAGCAGGAGCACAGUUCAAGUAGAGAGUCUCGAGACCGCUCACGAUUAGGCACUCGUGAGGAGAGGCGGCAUCCUCGAGACACAAAGGAAAGGCCUGAUGAAAAAGAUUUUGAUAAGCUACGGAAGCCUAGGACCAAUGACAUGAAUGAAAGAGAACGUGAUAUUAAAAAGAUUCCCAGAGAUAAUGACAUAAAUGAAAGAGCACCUCCUCUCAGAACUCCAAGAGAUGCAAAUAUUGAUGAGAAAAGGAGCAGAGUUGGUGCAAGAGACAAUGAUAGAAAUUUAAACGAAAGAAUCCCUCACACAGAUCGCGAAGCACGCAGAAACCCUCGAGAUACAAAUUUAGGGGAUAAAGCGGACAGACACAUUUCGCAGGACAAUAGAAGGACUUUAAGCAGAAAGAUUGCUUCAGCCAAAGACUUUGUUUCAGAGAGUUCUGAAUCAGAAAGUGAAACUGUGAACCAGGCUCUGCGAAGUAUCGUGAAAACCGACAAGGCUGAAGAAGAUUCAAAGAGCAGUUCAAGGGACAGUAAAAGAUCAAAAGACAUUGAAAAGGAUGAACUAAAAGAGAGGAGAGAUCCCAAGAGGGAUGGGGGAACAAGAGAAAGGGAAAGGAAAUCAAAGCAUAAGCGAGAUGUCAAAGAAAGGAUAGGCAGAAGAAAACGGGAUGUGAUUAAACACGAGAUACCAGACGGAGAAGCUGCCAAAUUGGACUCUUUUCAAGUUACAAUUUCUGAAGAUACUGCUGCCCAGAAGAAGAGAUCAGUUCUUGACAGGCUAGGUAGUGCACCCCCUGCGGACAAAGUCAGGAACUCUGUGAAGUCACGCCUUGGUCCUGUGAAGACGGAAGCUGCCGAUUCUACUACUGACAUUGCCCCUAUGGACCCAGAAGACGACCUCUUCCCCGAAGAACUGGGUCCCCAAGGUGAUGGUGUGAAAAGGAGGAAAGUAGAAAUAAAUGACAAGUAUUCCAAUCCAACCAAAAAGCGCCUUAAACUCAAACGAGUAGAACCACCAGGUGAGGUGAAGUACGAUGACAUUACUCUAGACCAUGAAAGUGAAAUGUAUACCGUGGCAGAACCUCCGGCGAAACGUAAGCAGCUGAGCAAGUCGUUACUGAGCCGGCUUAGCGAUAAACCAGGAACUCCGCUUAACUCGGAGGAAACUUCUACAACUCUUGACGGUGGAUCCUCGCCAGAAAUAGAACCCGUCAAGCGGAAAGUCAAGUCCAGGGACAGUGAGGAUAGGGUGGAGAAGAAGAGCAAGUCUAAGAACAGGGAUGUGUGGUCCAGGAAGAACGCGGAUGCUGCAGUGGAAGAUGUGGAUGGUGUGGACGAUGCUCCGCCCAAGAGGGAUAUACGCAAGUCCAAGAAUAAAGACAUUUGGUCUUCUGAGAGGAGCGUCAUCACUGCAAACCCUGAGAAGGAUGUUGGUGAAGAGUUACCGGUGAGGAAGGAGCGCAGAUCACGGGAUGUAUGGUCUUCCAAGAGGAAAGCCGUCACCAAGGAUGCAAAGGAAGACAGUAAGGGUUCCAAGGACGAUGAGUUAGAAGAGAGGAUUAGGAUGAUAAAGGCCAAGAAUGCGGCCAUUAUGCAACGCCAAAAGGAAAUUGAAGAGGAAAAGAAAAUGUUUGGUGGGCAUAGGUAGCAGAAAUUCAAAGCAAACCCUCCUAUAUAUUGCUGAGAACUGCUGUAAUAUCAUGUAAUUCCACAUUGUUUGGAGGGUGGGGUGACUUCUGCAAUUUUUUUCAGCUGCACCACUUAACUGUUGAAACAAAGCUUUUCUUAGAUCAUUUAAAUACACUGUAUAUGAGAUAUUGCUUCAUAUAGUAAAAAAAUAACACCUAUUUCACCCCUACCCCAAAAAAUGUUUCAAAAGGUAAAUGGUUUUCAUGGGCAUCCUCAUUGCUGGUACAUGCAGGCAGGGCUUGACAUUAGCAGUGGCCCAGGGCAACCAAAAAUG